CCCUCGGGACUGUCCUUUACGCAGGGCUUCCUGCUGGGCCAGCUGUCCAUCACGCUGCUCAUCUUCUUCUUCAUCAAGUUCUUCAUCUUCGGCGAGCCGCCACCAGCCGACGUGCGGCACUCGACGCGGGCACGGCUGCGACGCCAGCGCACCCUCUCGCACCAGCACGCGACGACGGCGCUGCUGCCCCCAGCGCGCACCACGCCCGUCCUGCGCCCGCCGCCGCCCCUCACCAGCGACACGAUCCUCGCAAAGACGUACUACAACGUCAAGGGCCACCAGCCCGAGAGCCUGGACUGGUUCAAUGUCCUCGUCGCCCAGACCAUCGCCCAGCUGCGCGCCGACGCCCGCCACGACGACGCCGUCCUCACCAGCUUGACCAACCUGCUCAACGGGCCCACGCGCCCGGACUGGCUGGGCGACAUCAGAGUCACCGAGAUCGAGCUGGGCGACGAGUUCCCCAUCUUCAGCAACUGCCGCGUCAUCCCCGUCGAGGCGGGCGGCCUGGGCCUGGGCAGCCCCCCGAACAACAACGACAACACCGACGGCAGGCUGCAGGCCCGCAUGGACGUCGACCUCAGCGACGUCCUCACCCUCGGCAUCGAAACGACGCUGCGCCUGAACUGGCCGCGCCAGAAAGUCGCCGUGCUGCCCGUCGCCCUGGCCGUCAGCGUCGUGCGCUUCAGCGGCACCCUCUCCAUGUCCUUCAUCCCGUCGGCGCAACCCACAAGCAGCAGCAACAGCAACAGCGCCAUCGACGACCCGCCCAACACGUCCGCCCACACGCCCACCACCCUCGCCUUCACCUUCCUCGACGACUACCGCCUCGACCUGUCGGUGCGCUCGCUGCUCGGCUCGCGUUCCCGCCUGCAAGACGUGCCCAAGAUCGCGCAGCUGAUCGAGUCGCGCCUGCACACCUGGUUCGACGAGCGCUGCGUCGAGCCGCGCUUCCAGCAAAUCGUGCUACCCAGCCUGUGGCCGCGGAAGAAGAACACGCGCGGCGGCACCGACGCCGGGGACGACGUUGCUGCUGCCGAUGCU